GAUCCACCACAGAGAUAGAGAGCCUCCACAGGAUCCCAGCUGCGUGUCUCUGAGGAGCGACCGGUCAAAAGAUGCUAUUGUCCAUUUCCAAUCAGAGCAGGAUCCUGCACGGAGAGUGUACCAUCAGAACUCAGAGGCUCCCAGUGGUCAGUCUGCCCAUCAGGAUCAAACACAGCUGGACUCCAUAUUUUUGCUGCUGGAAGCCAAUAUAGUUACGUUUGUGAAGAAUGAGCUGAAGAAAAUCUACCAAGCUCUGAGUCUAGACGACCCAAGAAUCUUGACAAGUCAAAGAAAUGAUGAAGAAAUGUUGGAGAGGGAAGAUGAUGAACACACAAACACCAGAGAAGCAGUGAUGAAGAUCACAGUGAACUUCUUGAGGAGAAUGAAGGAGGAGGAGCUGGCUGAUCGACUGCAGAUCAGAUCCUAUUCUGGAGUUUGUCAACAUAAACUACAGUCAAGGCUGAAGAAAAAGUUCCAGUGUGUGUUUGAGGGGAUCACCAAAGCAGGAAACCCAACCUUUCUGAAUGAGAUUUACACAGAGCUCUACAUCACAGAGGGAAGAACUGGAGAGAUCAACCAAGAACACGAGAUCAGACAGAUUGAAGCAGCAUCCAGGAAAGCAGAUGGACCAGAAACAAGCAUCAGACAAGAGAACCUCUUUAAACUCCCACCUGGAAGACAAGAACCAAUCAGAACCGUGAUGACAAAGGGAGUGGCUGGCAUUGGGAAAACGGUCUUAACACAGAAGUUCACUCUGGACUGGGCUGAAGGCAAAGCCAACCAGAACAUCCACUUCAUAUUUCCAUUCACUUUCAGAGAGCUGAAUGUGCUGAAAGAGGAGAAGUUCAGCUUGGUGGAACUUGUUCAUCACUUCUUCCCUGAAACCAAAGAGGCAGGAAUCUGCAGGUUUGAAGACUUCCAGGUUCUCUUCAUCUUUGAUGGUCUAGAUGAGUGUCGACUUCCUCUGGACUUCCACAAGACUCAGAUCCUAAAUGACCCUAGAAAGUCCACCUCACUGGGUGAUCUGCUGACAAACCUCAUCAGGGGGAACCUGCUUCCCUCUGCUCGCCUCUGGAUAACCACACGACCUGCAGCAGCCAAUCAGAUCCCUCCUGAGUGUGUUGACAUGGUGACAGAGGUCAGAGGGUUCGACAAUCCACAGAAGGAGGAGUACUUCAGGAAGAGAUUCAGCAAGGAAGAGCAGAGCAGAAAGAUGAUCUCUCACAUCAAGACUUCCCGAAGCCUCCAUAUAAUGUGCCACAUCCCAGUCUUCUGCUGGAUCACUGCUACAGUUCUGGAGGAUCUCCUGAAGAGCAGAAAGAAAGGAGAUCUGCCCAAGAGCCUGACUGAGAUGUACAUCCACUUCCUGGUGGUUCAGGCCAAAGUCAAGAGGGUCAAGUUUGAUGGAGGAGCUGAAACUGAUUCUCACUGGAGUCCAGAGAGCAGGAAGAUGAUGAAGUCUCUGGGAAAACUGGCUUUUGAGCAGCUGCAGAAAGGAAACCUGAUCUUCUAUGAAUCUGACCUGACAGAGUGCGGCAUCGAUAUCAGAGCAGCCUCAGUGUACUCAGGAGUGUUCACACAGAUCUUUAGAGAGGAGAGAGGCCUGUACCAGGACAAGGUGUUCUGCUUCAUCCAUCUGAGUGUUCAGGAGUUUCUGGCUGCUCUUCAUGUCCACCUGACCUUCAUCACCUCUGGAGUUAACCUGAUUGAAAAACAGAAAGCCAAGUUCCCAAAACUAAACCAGAUCAAGCCAACCCAGUUCUACCAGAGUGCUGUAACAACGGCACUACAGAGUCCAAACGGACACCUGGACUUGUUCCUGCGCUUCCUUCUGGGCCUUUCACUCCAGACCAAUCAGGGUCUCCUACGAGGUCUACUGACUCACACAGGGAGUAGCUCCCAGACCAAUCAGGAAACAGCAGAGUUCAUCAAGGAGAAGAUCAGUGAGAAUCUGUCUGCAGAGAAAAGCAUCAACCUGUUCCACUGUCUGAAUGAACUGAAUGAUCGUUCUCUAGUGGAGGAGAUCCAACAGACCCUCAACUCAGGACGCCUCUCCACAGAUGAACUGUCUCCUGCCCAGUGGUCUGCUCUGGCUUUCAUCCUACUGUCAUCAGAAAAAGAUCUGGAAGUGUUUGACCUGAAGAAAUACUGUGCCUCAGAGGAGGUGCUUAUGAGGCUUCUGCCUGUGAUCAAAGCCUCCAAAAAAGCUCUCCUGAGUUGCUGCAACCUGACAAGAAAGAGUUGUGAAGCUCUGUCCUCUGUCCUUAGUUCUCAGUCUUCCAGUCUUGUUGAUCUGGACCUGAGUAACAACAACUUGCAGGAUUUAGGAGUAAAGAAAUUGUCUGAUGGUUUGAAGAGUCCGUACUGUCAAAUGGAGACUCUCAGGCUGUCAGGCUGUCUGAUCACAGAGGAAGGCUGUGCUUCUCUGGCUUCUGCUCUGAGCUCCAACCCCACCCAUUUGAGAGAGCUGGACCUGAGCUACAAUCAUCCAGGUGAGGCGGUGAAGCUGCUGAAUGCUGGACUGAAGGAUCCAAACUGGAGACUGGACUCUCUCAGGGUGGAACCUGCUGGAGUCAGAUGGAUGUCGCCAGGUCUGAGGAAGUAUUCCUGUCAACUCACCAUUGACACAAACACAGUGAACAAAUACCUGAAACUGUCAGAAAACCACAAGAAGGUGACCUGGGUAAGGGAGCGUCAGUCUUACCCUGAUCAUCCAAACAGAUUCGAUCAAUGUCAGCUGCUGUGCAGACAGGCUCUGACCGGUCGCUGCUACUGGGAGUUUGAAUGGAAUGGGAGAGUUGACGUGUCAGUGAGUUACAGAGGAAUCAGAAGAAAAGGAAAUAUCAAUGACUGCACGUUUGGAUGGAACCGUCAUUCCUGGAGUUUGAGCUGCUCAGAUGAUGAUGGUUACACUACUUGCCACAAUAACAACCAGACAUCCAUCUCCUCCUCCUCCUCCUCCUCUCACAGAGUGGCGGUGUACGUGGACUGUCUUGCUGGCACUCUGUCCUUCUUCAGAGUUUCUGGUCACUCACUGAUCCCCCUCCACACCUUCAACACCACAUUCACUGAACCUCUUUAUCCUGGAUUUGGGUUCAGUUUACUUGGCUCCUCUGUGAAUCUGCUCUGAGUUUGGCGUAGAGACUGUCUCUGUCAAAAGAACUUUGUUCCUUCUGUAAAUAUGUUUCCGUUUACUCACAAACAUGUUUUCAAACUGUUUCCCUGUGAAACUUUUUUUUAAAGAUUACUUGCAAACUUCUUAAUUGUAAUGUCUCUUAAAAAUUGAGGCUGCCAUUAUUACAGGGUUGGUUGUUUUUCAAAACAUUCAUCUAUCCUUUUUCUAAACCUGUUUUGUCCCUUUUACUGUCACAGGAUGCUAGGGUCAAACCAGGCUGCACAGUGUUGCAGUGGUUAGCACUCUUGCCUCACAGCAAGAAGGCCCCAUAGCUCAGCGGAUAAUUGCAUAUUUCCCCAAAAUCUUUCAAAACCGGAAACAAGCACCAAAAUUGGCACAAAUGCUCCUUAGGGAUUACUUUUUCAAAAAAAAAAAACGUUAGCCACUUGAAAAUUCAAGAUGGCGGCCAUCCCUGUACACUAAAAUGACUUUUUUUUUUAUUAAAUAUUAGAUGUAUAUCUCAAAUUAUUGGUCCUUGUGUCUGAUUAAUAUUUGCAAUCCAUACAGAAGCUCAAUUUAAAAUUCUGGCAAUACCAGAAUCUUCUUAUACAUAAUUCAUAACAAUAUUUGACAAAAAACACUAUUAUGACCGCUAAAAUCAAAGUAGGUAUCAUGUAUCAAUAGAUGGGAGAGGGAUGUAGUGGUAGAUGUAGUAUAAGUUUUAUUUCAGUGUUAUCUGCACCAUGUGCACAAAGUAUGAUGAUGAUUUUGUUUUGUCUUCACACUGUGAAGCACGUAUCAAUAGAGUGGAUGUAAAGGCGCAACCAGGGCACACUGGUGACACCACUGCUGUGGAGCUCAGCAUGGGGUUCAGUGUCUGCUAAAUACUCACCUCAGCAUUACUAAUAUAGUUGCUUAGCUGUAGAAUUUAAUUUUGUAGUAGUUUAGUAUCCCAAAUGCUGUCUAACAUAGCUCCACAUAAAUUAGCUAUUAGUUUAUAGUCUGUUGUAGUUAGAUAGCCGCGCCUGAAUUGACAGGGUGUGCCAGCGCGGGAGAGCCGAACUAAGGGUAAUGGGGCUUUACAUGACUCUAGCAUGUAGUUACCCGGAAGGUGUACAGAUCACACGGGAUUUAAAAGACACUGGGUAAAUGAUCAGGCUAGGUGUAAGACAUACUCUGAUAAGAUUUGUCUGAACCUAGUUCUAUCCCAUACCUGAAUGUGCCUUAUAAAAAUGUUAUCAAGGUGGUAAAAGGAUAAACCCUCGGCCUUGAUAAAAGCAUAAAUGAUUAAAACAAUAAUAAAACUACAUAGAUGUAAAAACAAUGACCAAUUCAGAUAAAGCAACCUCUAAAUGGAAAACUGACUGGAGCAAAGGUUGCCUAUGUCAAAAGGAAAAAAAUGAAGACCUGAAGUCACCCCCUGAACAUUAUUCAUGUUCAAAAGAACAUGACGGCUAUGCCAUGAUUGCAACCAAUGUUCCUCUAUUUCAUGCCAUCAAUGAACUGCCUAUCUUUCUGGAUCCAUCAAGGCUUGAUGAGGGAGAUGGAGUAGUAGAAACAUUGAGAAAGAACAAGGCAAAGUACUACCAAAGCUGUCGUCUUCUUUUCAACAACACUAAAUUAGACAGAGCGAGAAAAAGACGAGCUGGCAGUCAAAGCAUUGAGGCGAAGGAAAGCCGCACUAAGUUGCAAAGGACCAGCAACGAAGGCAUGUCAUCAUUAUGCUGUUUGUGUGAAACAGAACAUCAGAUCUAAGACAAGUGAUGACAAUGCAUUCAAAUGAAAGGCUGAAUGAAUGUGCCAAAAAGCGUAAUGAUGGAAAACUCCUAGCAAAGCUAAGUGGUGGAGAUGCUAUAGCACAGGAGCUGAAAUACCACAUGCAAUGUUUGACAGAGCUUUACAACAGAGAAAGAGUCUAUAACAGAACAACAAUGAGACAGACGGAAGAUCAAACUAUUGAAGAAGAUGCCUACCCACUUGUUCAUUGUUAUAAGCUUAAUAUAAUAAAAUGUUAAUUAGUAAAUAUUAAGAUAAUCAAUGUAAAUAGGAAAAGUUUUCAGGUUGCAGCAAUAUGUUAUGAUGUGUUUUUAGUUUUUUCAUUCCACUGAGAUGGCUAGUCAAGUUAUGAUUUAUUUUUUUUGUGUACAUGUUAAAUAUGCAACCUUUAUUACCUUCAUGUUAAGUUAUGGUGUUAAAUUAAGCUAAUCAAUGUUAACAUAAGGAAGAUUUGUUGUUGUUCACAAUAUGUUAUGAACAUGGUUCUUUAAGGUUAAGAUUUUGUGUAUUUUUUCACUGAUUUGGUUAGAAAUGCUUUAUAAAAAUGCUAAAAAAGGAGAA